GCAAACUAUCUUAUUCUAGCUCGCUCCAACCGACAUGCACACGCACAUGCACGAGCACUUGCUCGCCCGCGCCUGCCGCUCCCGCUCUCGCUCGCGGGUCUAAGUUCCGCUUGCCUGCUGGUUCAAUCAACCAAAGUUUGCCAGACACUCCAAUAUAAACUUCACUUUAGUAAUGUCCAGUCGUCACAACGAAGGGGCACCGCGCGGCCGGCCAGACCGCCAGCGGCCGCCCGACACAAGCAAGCGGCGCCGUGAGCUCCGCGUGUCUCCCGCCAUGGCUCUCCUCCUCCCCCUGCUACUGCCACUGCUGCUACUGCUACUGCCAGCUGUCUUAGCAGCUAGCACUGCCGCCGCCGCCACGCCGGCGCAUGGCUCACCUCCUUCCCCUGCAGCGGCCCCCAGGCCCUUGCAGCCCGCCAACGCUACAGCCGCACACCCGCCAUCCUCCUCCCGCUUCGCCCCGGCGGCGGCAUCCCUGCUGCUGCCGCCACCGCCUCCGCUGCCACCGCCUCCAUCCGCUUCGCUGCCCGCUACCCCACCCGCCCCUCGCAACAUCAGCAACAGCUCCGGCCCCAGCCCCAGCCCUAGCGCCCCGCCGCAGCCCACCGAAGGCAGUAGCAGCAGUAGCAGCAGCAGCAGCGGUGCUAGCAGCGGCAGUAGCACCCGCACCACCGGCACCGCCGACGCUGUGGUGGCCUCUGCCGCCGAGCUGGUGGCCUUCAUCCGUAACGCCACCGCCGUGGCGGCGGCGCUGGGUGCCUCCAGCUCUGUGGGGCUGCAGCAGCGGCUGGAGCUGGCAGUAGCAGGCGACCUGCUGCUAGACGCCGCCGUGUGGCCCGACACCUACGACUGGCCGCCGACGGAGCUGAUGAGCAGUAGCAGGGGCAAUAGCAGCGGUGGUGGCAGUAGCAGCAGUGGUGGCAGUGGAAGCGGGAGUGCCAGCAUCACGCUCAUGCUUACGGGUGUGCCGCUGCCGGUGGUCGGCGGCGGUGGGGGCAGCGGUGCCGCGGCAGAGGCUCCCCCAAUGGCGCUCGCCGACCCACAUCCCACAGCCGGCCCCAACAGCAGCAUCGCGACCACCACCACCACCAACACCAACAGCUACACCACCACCAACAGCAGCAACACCAACAGCUACACCCCCAGCGGCAGCAGCGGCUCCCCUACUAGUAGUGCUUAUGCUGCUGCUACUGCCGCCUGCCCCGCCCCCGCCGCCAGCCUCCGCCGCCCCCGGCUGGACCUGGUGAGCGGCAGCACGCUGGGCACGUGGGUGUCGCUGGAGACGCUGGAGUUCGUGACGGAGUCGGCGGGGGCCAGUCUGGUGCUGGAGGGGGUGCUGCUGAGGCACGCCGGCUGCCCCGACCCAGCACACCUUGCGCCAGGGUUUCGUGCCGUGCCACGCCCGCCCGACCAUCCCGGGCAGCAGGUGCUGGGCCCCCCGACUGCAGUCGGGGUGUGGCUGCAGCAGGGGGAGGGCGAGGAGGCGGGCGGCGUGGUGGAGGCGGCAGUGCUACAACCGCUGCCAGGGAGCGCAGCCGCUGUGGCGGCGGCGGCGGCGGUGGCGGCUGCCGCCGCCGCUGGUGACGGUGGCGACGACGUGUUCGGCGGCAGUAGCAGUAGCAAUGCGCCAUCUUGGUCGACCUGGUGCACAUGUGGCGGCGGCAGUAGCAGUAGCACAGGUCUCGGCGACGGCAGAAGCAGCAGCAAUGGCAGCAGUAGCAGUAGCAGCUGGGGUGGCGGCAGCGGGGGCUGGGGUGGCGGCAGUGGCGGCUGGGGUGGCGGCUGGGGCGGCUGGGGUGGCGGCGGCUGCGGCGGGCUGGACGGCGGCGGCGGGCGGGUGUGCUACAGCCCGGCUCUGCAGCUGGUGGAUUAUGUCAUUGCGCUGCCCGACUUCGGCCAGGUGGGCGGCUACACCGCCGUCAUCCAGGACACCACCCUGCUGUGUGAGUGGUCCGUGCCGCCCAGCUGCACACAGCAGGGCUCUACCGAGCGGGAGUGCCUACUGGAGCUGCUGGCGUCACUGCCCAGUGCCACCGCGCAGCAGCAGCCGCUCCAGCUCACGAAUAACACCGCCAGCGUGCCGCCGACAGAAGCUCAGGGCGGCGGCGGCGGCAGUAGCGGUAGCAGCAGCGGGGGCGACACGAGCAACAGCAACAACACUGCUGGGCGGCAGCAGCAGCAAAUGGGUGCGACAGAGGGAACGGCGCAAGGUCAUCAAGGCGACAGUAGUAGCGGCAGUAGCAACAGCAGUAUCAGCCGCAACGGCCCAGCGCGUGACGGCGCCGCCGCAGCCAGCAGUGGCAGUAGCAGCCAGGGGGGCGAGGCGGGAGGGCAGGGGGCCGACACGGCUGCAGCGGGCUCUUCGGCUGCCGCCGCCCCUGGUGCCGCAGCGGGCGGGCGGCGGACAUCUGCUGCCGCGGUGGGCGGGGCGGUGGGCGGUGCAGGCGCAGGGGUGGUGCUGGUGGUGGCGGCAGCAGGACUGCUGCUGCUGCGGCGGCGGCGGCGGCGCCGGGCCAUGUACGUGGUUGAAGGGAAGGGAGGCGUUGACUUGGAGGCGGCGGCGGUGGCGGCGAUGCCCGCGGCUGCUGCUGGGGGCUGCGGCAAGACACGCUCUCCAUACUCGCCGUCCGACCGGGCAAUGCGCAGCGCCGCCGGUCCCUGCACGAGCCCCGGCAGCAGCAACUACCUGUCCGUACAGGUGUCCUCAGCAGGAUGUGCCGGCGGAGGGGGCGGAGGAGGUGGAGGCGGAGGAAUAGCAGUGGCGGCGGCGGGGCCGGGGCCCGUGUUGGCGGCGGCGGGGCUGGGGGCUCUGCAGUGGCAGCGCGCGGUCACCGCGCCCUCAGACGUCCGACUUGGUGUGCUGCUGGGCGCCGGCUCCUUCGGCCGCGUGUACCGGGGCGAGUGGCGGCGGCGGCCGGUGGCUGUCAAGGUGCUCACACACGGCCGCGCAGACAUGCCCGCCAUCGAGCGGGAGCUGCAGGUGAGCCUGGCGGCCCGGCACCCCAAUGUGGUGCGCACGCUGCACUUCGCACGGCUGGACGUCAGCCGCGGCGCGGCGGCGCGGCAGCAGCAGCAGCAGCAGCAGCAGGUGCCCAGGGCCGCCGACGCGUGGGCCGACCUGCCCGACCUCUUCCCCACACGCCCGCACGGAGCCGGAGCCGGAGCCGGAGCCGGAGCCGGAGCCGGAGGCGGAGCAGGCGCGGGGGACUCGGUGGUGCUGGCAGAUGACGUGUACGAGACGUGGCUGAUCCAGGAGCUGUGCGACGGCGGUGCGCUGUCCGCGUCCCUGUACGGCGGAAGGUUCCACACACCGGCAGCAGCAGCAGCGGCGGCGUUGGCAGCGGCAGGGAGGGGGGCUGCUGCAGCGGCGGACGGCGGCGGCGGUGGCGGCGGCGGCACGCCCGUGCCCAUCUUGCGCGACAUAUGGUCCCUGGCACUGGACGUGUGUCGAGGCAUGCGCUACCUACACAGCAAGGGCCUGAUCCACGCCGAUCUCAAGGCGGAGAACGUGCUGCUGCUCAGCCGCCGCAGCACUGACGCCGCCCCCUCUUCCCCCUGCCCAACCGACAUGGCCGCGUGGGCCUCACCCGUGACGGCAAGAGCGCCCACACCCACACCAGCAUCUCCAGUGUCCGCCUCAGCCUCGACCUCAUCCUCUCCUUGUGCUACUGCCGCCGCCGCUGCUGCUACUACCGCCGCCGCUGCUACUGCCGUCGCCGCUGCCUCGUGUCGCUAUGUAGCCAAGGUGGCGGACUUCGGACUGUCACGCUGCCUCGACAGCGGCCGCACUCACCAGACCACACGGAAUGUGGGCACGCUGACCCAUAUGCCGCCGGAGAGCCUGUCGGGCGGCCACCUGCGACUGGAGGUGGACGUGUUCGCGUUCGGCGUCCUAAUGUGGGAGCUGCACACCGGCUGCCGCCCCUACGCCGGCCUCACGGCGGGCGAGGUGGUGCAGCGGGUGGUGGUGGCGCGCGCCCGCCCCGCCUUCCCGCGCCACACGCCGCCGGCCUGGCGCCAGCUGGCGGCGGCGUGCUGGGCCCAGGCGCCCCAGGACCGACCCAGCUUCGAGCAGGUGGAGCAGCGGCUUCUGGAGAUGGGCCCCGCAUGCAGCAGCGUUGGGGACUGAUGGCGUGGCUAGCGGGCGAACCCCAGCACAUGGGGCACCCCUGGCGGCUAGCGGGCCGGCGCCGAGAGCAAGGUGGCUGCUGUGCGAUGUGUGAUGUGACCAAUGUCACCAAAAGCAGUGUAUAAUGUACGCGAGGCCGCUCGGACCGUUGGCGUGUGGCGUGUCCGUUCGGAGGAGUUGUGUAGGAUCGCGCAAGGGAGGCGGUUUGGUGAAUCGGUGCCUGCAUCACAUACUUAUGCGGAUCUGCCGGGGUAUGGGCGGCGAACGGUGUGCAUGCCUCGACCAGAGCCAAAACCCUCGACACGGCGUUUUGGAUGAUUCUUCCGGGGCGCUGGGCUUGCAGCAGCUGCUGCUGUGCGCGUGGUGUCGUCUGACUGCCGCGCUGUCUUCAAUGAUGCACGUCCGGACGCAACCCUUAGUUGGUAGAGAUGAGCAGGGCCGUAGACAGUCACACGCACGGGGGGCCAUGAUCGGUCGUUCCCUACGACCCUAACUUUACUAAGCUCGACUUCGUCA